CCCUUCCCCCUACAGUAUCGUUAUAUAGACGCCGACUGAGGAGGUGACAACUAGGUGGACGUGGUCAGAGGGUCAUAGCAACAUCAUCGACGGGGAGAAUCUUGAGCAACGUAGAAUGAGGACUUGGCCGUUGUUGCUGGUCGUCACGGCUGCCGUUGUGGUGGUCGUGUUCGCCGAGGAGGAUGUUAAGGAUCACCAUCUAACAAAGCGAAGUCGAUCACGCGAACGCCGUGGUUACGGCUGCACAACCUGCUUUGGCCACGGCUAUAAUUACGGUGGUCGAAGUCACGGAGGUCGAAGUCACGGUGGUCACAGUCACGGUGGUCACAGUCACGGUGGUCACAGUCACGGAGGUCACAGCCGCCGCGGUGGAGGGCGGAGUCGUGGGAGAGGACGUCACAGCGGAGGUCGCAGCAGGGGUCGACACAGUCGACGUCGUAGUGGGGGGAGGAGCCGGGGCGGCUCUUCCUCGGAAUCCGACGAGUACGGGUAUGGCAGCAGGCAGCCAUCUUGCAGGUGCCCCUUCCUGUCUCAAGGUCGGCAGACAUGGGGCAAUGGACCACAAUUUGGUUCCGUAGCCUACGGACGUCAAACCAGCCAAAAUGAUGGGUACUACCGCCAGUGGUAUCGGGCGUUCUCCACCCACCCCUGCUGCGCGGGUAGGCAGGGCACCAUCACCUAUCUCCAGAGAAUGCAGGGAAACCGCCAGGUUCCGCGGUAACUCCUUACAGAGCACUGACAUUACCAACAAUGAUUGGAGUUAUCAAUAAAAGCUCACCUGAUAAA